AUGUCGACCGACGCCCAUGACACGGUCGCACGAACCAUUUUCCUCAAUGGUACCGUCGGCUCGGGGAAAACAACCACUGCCACCGCCAUAGGCAGUGUCUUGGAAGAGCGGCAGGUUCCCCACGCAGUCAUCGACAUUGAUCAGCUGUCGACGCGCUGGCCCUCGCCGGCCGAUGACCCUUUCGAUUUCCGGUUAACGCUCGCGAAUGUGAUUUCCGUGGCUGCGAACUACAGGGCCGCAGGCGUGCAGAUCGUCGUCCUAGCCGGAGUCAUCGAGACGACGCAUCAGCUGCGACAAUACGAAGAAGGCCUUGGAGUGGGGGGAGCGAUCUUCGACCACGUAAAGCUUGUGGCCCCACCCAGCGUUGUCAAGCAAAGGCUGCUUGCACGGCAUGAAGACGAGGACGAGUUGCAGUGGCACGUCAAGAGGGCCCCGGAACUUGCCAUGAUCCUGGAUUCGGCCGGUUUACCGGGCCCCACCUUCGACACCAACCAGCCCUUGAAACCCCUCGCCCAGCGCAUUAUUCAGACCGUUCUGGAUCCUUGA